GUCAAUAACUAUUACCACGCCCAUAAUUGUUGACUUCGCGGGUCGAUAAUUAUUGCCACGCUAGUAAUUUCUUACCUCAAUUAUGCAGUGCCAAGAUAUUUAUUACCUCCUUGGUGGAUCUGGAAACAGCUGGUAAUCCUUAGCAUUUACUGACAUUUCUCUACAAAGAUCAGCUAUUGUUAUAUCCUUUCAUCAAAUCCAGUCCACUCUGCAAUUGAAAGGAUUACAGAUUUUGCAAUUUUAGUCUUGCAUUUCAUGGCUUCAUCGUCCUCAUCUGCUCGGGAAAGAUCGAUUGCAUCUCCUAAAGUGUAUGAUAUAUUCAUCAGCCACCGAGGCCCUGACGUCAAAGAUACCCUUGCUAAAAAACUCUAUGAGCGUCUUCAGGAAAAAGGGUAUCAGGCAUUUCUAGAUCGUCCAGAGAUAGAAGGGGGAGAUUCUACUCUUGCUGCCAUAAACAAUGCCAUUCGCUCAUCUGCUGUGCAGAUAGCCAUUUUUUCCAAAGGAUAUGCAGAGUCUCAAUGGUGCUUAGACGAACUUGUUCUUAUGUUAGAACAAACUAAAGCAGGGGCCCUGUUUAUUCCCGUGUUCUACGAUGUGAAACCUUCGGAGCUUCGUUACAUCAACGACAAGUCUCAGUAUGCUUCGGCAUUUUCUACUUAUGAAAGUAAAGGCAGGAAUCUUGAUACGUUGGAUCCUUGGAAGGAGGCCCUUGCAUCUGCUGCAGACAGAUCUGGUUAUGAGCUUAGCCAGCAUGCUGCAGACAUAUCUGGUUAUGAGCAUAGCCAGCAUGAAGAUGAUUUGUGUGGAAAGAUUGUGUCCCGUGUGCUGCAAGAAAUGCAAACGAGGAUGCCCUUACCUGUUGCGAUAUAUCCGGUUGCACUUGAUGAACUCGUCCAAGAUUAUGCAAGUUCUUGUCCACAGACAGCGGGGUGGGUAGGGAUCUUCGGACUUGGGGGCGCUGGCAAGACCACUCUGGCCAAAGAACUGUUUAACAGGAAGCGUGCAGGAUACGACGCAUCAUGUUUUCUCUCUGACGUGAGAGAAUCGCAUGCCAAUCGUCAAUUGCUCUCCCUGCAAAAACAGAUUUUCAAAGAUCUUUUCAAUGAAAAACCAAAACAAAAGUUAAGAAAUGUGGACGAUGGAAUAGCACGGCUGAAGCAUCGCUUUGGACGGGAAAGGGACCGGAAGUCCCUUAUAGUCCUAGAUGACGUCGAUCGUCAGGAACAGUUGAAUGCCCUCUUACCCCAAAUCGAAGGUAUGGUCAAUUCUUGUAGCUUGGUCAUUAUUACAACCCGUGACCAAAGUGUAUUAACGGCUGCAGAUAUCACUAUCCGUUACAAGAUGAAGGCACUGGAUAAGGAUCAUGCUAAACAGCUCUUCUGUAGCCAUGCUUUCCCUGGACCGAAUGUGCCUUCUCCAUAUGAAAGAUUGGUUGAAAGCUUCAUUGACUUUUGUGGAGGCUUACCUCUUUCACUCAUAGUUUUGGGUGCCCAUCUUCGUAAUGAGGAUGUGCUGUGCAUUUUUGGAAGUUAGAAUUGAAAAAAGUUCAGAAAAUCCCUCCUGAUGAAAUAAUGCAAAGACUUAGAAUUAGCUUUGAUGGUCUGGACAAAGAGGAGAAACAGAUAUUUAUAGACAUAGCUUGUUUCUUCAAUAAAAAAGAAUUUUUAUUACUCCGUCAACACUCGUUGCUGGAAACUGACUAUGUAUCUUUUACCGAUAUUAGUUCACUUUCAAUUAGAUUUCAUGGUCCACAAGAAGAAAUCUGUCAUGUGGAUUCAACUGAACCUAUAUCAAUCUGGAAGAUGUCUGGUUGGAGCGCUGAACAUGCAGUUCACAUUCUGCAAAAUAAGUGCCUAAUCGAAGUAAAGAUCGAAGGUGUGCACUGGCGCUUUGAAAUGCACGAUCACCUCCGUGAUCUGGGGCGACAAUUGGCAAAUGACUUGGUCCCUCGUCGGCUGUGGAAACCAGACAUUCUUAAAUCCAUGG